CAAUCAGAAGUUGUGAGGGGAGCGCGAGCAGCCAAUCAGAGGCGAGGGGGGCAGAGCUCUGGAUCGAGUUGACUGUGCGUGGCUGUGAAUCCACUCCAGUUUACUUGAGGUCGUGAGAUAGUUGAGUCGCGUUGGUUAGAACCGGCUGUACGGAUAAAAAUCCAUAAACAGCCGUUAUAUGGAGUGACACUACGAGCACCAAAGAGCAUUCGCCACCUCAGAUACGCUUAAACGUAUGUUGAAAGUGUUUACGUUGAGUUUUUUUGUAAUAUCCCUGCGAACACCAUGUCUCAAAGAGUUCGCAGAAAUGGAUCUCCGACGUCCAGCUGCAGCGGCGUGACCGCAGGAAGCUCAACCGGAUCCCCGGGGCUCAGCACCUCCGGAGUGGGUUUACUGGGUCGCCUGCUGCCCAUGAAAGCCACUGUUCCGUUCCAGCUUAAACCGCAGCCACAGCACCCUCUACAGACACGGACGGCGCUCUCCGCCGGUAACGGUAAAUGCCACAGCAGCGGAUGUGAUCCACACGGAACCCACAGCCGGAGCCCCACGCGAUCCCUUUACUCCAGCGCCUCAAACAGUUCUGCAGCCACAGCCACAAUGGCAUCAUCCGUUCCCUCCUCAUCAUCUUCAUCAUCAAGAACUAGCCCCAUAAUCGCUGUUCACGUGACUCCGCCAAACGCGAGAGUGCCGCACGCGCAGAUACCUGUGCCACCACCACCACCACCAUCAUCAUCAUCAUCAUCGUCAUCUUACACAGGUGUGCAUGUCAACCCCCAGUGCUGCUCUCCCUCCCAACAGAUCAGCUUCAUCACGGACAGUUCAGGCCCCCUUACCUCUAAUUUAUCAGCCUCUCCGUCUUCAUCAUCCUCUUCCUCAUCAUCAUCAUCUUCCUCCUCGUUGUGGUCUUGUGGCCACAGGUCCAAACCCCUUCAGCCCCCUGAACAUGACAGACUCUCCCCAGAGUGGCUGAGUCCCAGCUCGCCUGUUUGCAAAGAAAAGCCUAGACUUCCUGUGGCAGGGUCUUGGUCUACCACCAGUAACAACGGUAGCAUUUGUCAUACCUCGUCUUUGGAUGCACUAACAGCCCCCUACCUGUCUGGACACUGGCCUCGGGAUGCCAACCACGCACCUUGUGCCCCGUGCAUGAGGGACAAAUCUACUCAGACCCCCAGCACCUGGAUGGAUGAAUGUGGAGAGAAGAAGAGGGGCUGUCACAAGCGCUCAGCCUCCUGCGGCAGCACUGACCAGCUUAAAGAGAUUGUGAAGUUGAGGCAGCAACUCCAACGCAGUAAACACAGUAGCCGUCACCAUCGUGACAAAGACCGCAAAUCUCCCUUCAAUGGCAACCAUGCUGCUAUUAACCAAUCACAGGCUCCUAUUCCAAAGAGUGUCCUGAUCUCAAUCCCCAUUUCUAAGUCUUCCGUCUCUCGUUUCCGGAACAGCGUGGAAGGGCUGAAUCAGGAGAUCGAGCGCAUCGUUAUCCGAGACACAGGAGACAGAGAGGAGCAGCUUAUUCCUCCAGAGGCUCCAGACGGGCACCGGGCUCCUCCUCCCCUUUGCCAACAUAGCGCCAGCUCCCGCAGCAUCGACACCCAGACACCCCUGGGCAACGCAGCAGGCAGUAACCAUAGCAACAGCAGCAGCCGUUCUCCGUCCAUCUCACCCAUGUUCCUGAAUGUGCCCAGCGAGCACUUCAGGGAUAGUCCGUCUCCCAUCGAGGACGAGACACUAAUUGAUGGCCGUGAGAAAGAUUUGUCCCCCGGCUCACCCCUACCCAAAUACGCCUCAUCCCCGAAGCCAAACAACAGCUACAUGUUCAAACGCGAGCCACCUGAGGGCUGUGAGAGAGUCAAGGUUUUCACAGAGGAAAUACAGCCCAGGCCUCCACGAGAGAUCCCACAGUUCCUGUGCCCAGACAGAAACAAGGUCAACUUCAUCCCCAAGAGUGGCUCAGCCUUCUGCCUGGUCAGCAUUACCAAACCACUGAUGCCCACACAGGAACUCAACAACGUCAAGAAUCAGGCCAGCGCCCGCCUCACGCCAGAGCCUGAGCAGCGAGUCUCACGAAGAAGUUGCAUGCUUUCCCAUCAGUCCUCAGGCUCCUCACCCUCCUCCUGCCUGUCGGAGAGUUAGACACACCCCCUCAAACAAGUCUCCACAAACUCAGCACAUUUUUAAUAAUCGCACAUGACAAAAUGUGGUUGACUCUCAGAGAACAAAGCAAUUAUUAAUAACCAAUGGCUUUUGUUGGCUGACACCUGCUUAUAUUUGAUGAGAAUAUUAAAUGGUUGCCUUUUCCUAUGCAGCUUUUUAAGUUUGUUCUUGAUUUGUAAGAACAUGCAGGCCAAUGUUGGGGAUUGGUUUUGUAAAAAACAUAUUUAGCUUUGUAUUGUUCCUCUACCUUUCAUAGAUAAGAGUGAAACUAAGAAUGUGUCUCAGAUCACUGAAUACACACAUAAACUCUUAGGAAUCGGAUCUGAAUUGCUUUCUUAAAUAUUCAAUAACGAGGUGGCUACAUAGAUCAGUUUUUCUGAGACAUUGAUGUAUAUUUUAUAAUAGUUUGCAGUGGAUCGCUUUUAUCUUACUUGGACCAGCACAUCAUUUAAUACAAAUUAUGAUUCCUUAAUCGUAAAAUAGAGCCCAAGAGACCUUGUAUUUUGAGUCUGGUUUGAUGAAGGUCUCUCUGAAUCAUUUUCAUAGUUGCAGGCCUUAUUUUUUCAGUCCAGUCCAGACAAAAGCAACAACAGGAGAGCAGGAGAGACCAGUUCUCUGCCUUUUUCCUUUUCCUGGCAGUGAGGAGACAGAAAGGUGCUAAAGAUAAGAAUAGAGUGUGAGAGAGAGAUCUGCUUAACGGAUCACCAUUGAAGACUGCCAGUCGACUACAGGACAAGUGGCCUGUAAACCUGAUUCUUUUGUUUGCAUAGCUGUAAAAUGCAUUUCAAAUGCAUAUGUGUCCAAACUCUGAACUUCAAACCCAGCAGGGAACAAAGUGAGAGAGGGAGAGGAGGCUAUGGCAGGAUCUGGGUAGACAGAUUAGAUGUUUUCUCACCUCGCACAAUGAUUAAGACGAUUUAGUUUGAGGAAUGUUUGAAAGAAGGGCAUAGCAAAAGAAAAAAAAAUGUAAUAAAUGUCCAGGGACGUGGCCUUUAAAUGCUAAUUAACAAUUCAGAUAUCUAUCCAAACAUUAAUGUAAUGUUUCCCAUGAUAUCCAUUGAAAUCGUUUACAAAGUCAGAGCACAGUAUUGUCACAUUUGUCAUUAGAAUGAUUUGUCUCUGUGUGUGCAUUUUGGGGAAUUCUGUGUAUGUCACCAAGAUUCAAUCAAAUAAAAAUCGUUCCGGUUUUCUCUCCGUUUCAGUGUCUAAAUGUCAUUUCAGGUGUCUAGGGUCCUUUCAUUUUUAUUUUUCCAUUUUAAUUGACAUUUUGUAUCGCUAUCCUUUCCAAACACUCCUUGAAGUGCGUUUAAGCUUUUUGCAGAUUUUUUUUUUUUGAAGGACAAAAAAUGUGAUGUCAAUACAGUCUGAUAAGACACUGCUGCUCUAUGCAGCUCACACAAGUGCUUUUGUAGACUUGGCCAAAGAGAACAUUCCCUGUGGGUCAGUGACGGUCAUUGUAGAUGAAAGACACUGAAAGAUAAGGUGACUUAAAGGGGUCUUGACAUGCCUUUUUUAAAUUAUUUUAAAAUUUGAGGUUCACUUAUAAUAUCAGUAAAGUUUUUUGCCACAAAAAACAGUCAUAGAUUUGUAAAACAUGAUCAUUUUCCACCCUCAUUCUGACCAUCUGCCAGAAACGCUCUGUUUUGGUGCUGUUUCUCCUUCAAGACAUGACAGUAAACACCAACUGUUAUGAUUGGCUCUCUGCUCUUGCCAUUUCACUGCUUGGCUCAGAUGUAAUAAGGUAAAGUAGGUGUUGAUGUGUUGUUGUGGAGGUGGUCAGAUGCUAAUGUCUAUCACAGUGUGACAUCACAAUGUGAAGGAGGUAGAGAACAAGUCGUUUUGACAGUUUGAUUUCAACAAAUGCUCUUUUUGUAGUGAUAAGGAAGUUUUGAGUUCUGAAACUUACAGUAACAUUUUAUAGUACAAUGAACUCUUAUGUUAAAAGAGCAAGGAAAAUGUGAUUCCUCAUGUCAUGACCCCUUUUAAACAAAACAGCAGAGCCAGUAGAAUGUUGUGUUAUUCAGUUACAGGAAUAAUAAAAUUAGGCUUUUUCGCUUAAAUCUCAGAAGUGCUUUUGGAAAGUUGUCAGAGUUUUUUACAGGCCACAAGACUGUCUGCCUGCAUUUCCCACUAGCAGCUUGGCUUGUGACAUCUCUCACUCAUGUUGUGUGAGCUGUAUGCAGGGUGGGGUGCAUUUUUGCAGAGUUCCUGUUCUUUUGUUCAACGUUGUAGGUAUUAUUUUGAGCUUUAGACGAAAUGCUAUGCACUGUCACGACUGCUAUGUUGAUCGGAACUGCACCCAAGACUUUCACACACCAUUGCACUUGUGUAUAUGGCUGUGUGACAAAGUGAUUUGAUUUGAUACAACAUGAAGCUGCAAUAUUUUAGUACUUUUACCAGCAUUACUAAUCAUUUAGGGCAUCUUCUCGUAGCCUCUGUCUUUGAACUGAAAUAAGCUCACAACCUAUCGUAGAUCAGUUCUCAGGAAUGUAAAAGCAGUAAUCUCUUCUGGCAACGACACAAGAAUUUGAGCAUUUCUCGCUUGAACACAAAUUGAUAGUUUUAUCAGCUGCUUUGUAUAUCUCCUUAGGAUAUGUAUUGAAGUAGAGGACUCUCCCGCCGAAAGGCCAAUAUUAAUAAACUUUUAUACGGAAGUGGCCUUAAUUUUCUCUUUCUAAUAUGUAUGGCAUCUAGUCAGUAAGAGGGAAAGGAGAAUCAGUGAAGUGGCAGUGCUGCUGUCAAAUAUUACCAAUCCAUAUGUACAGUACAACUUAUUAACAUGGGGUCAAUGAUGUAUGUUUGAAUACUGUGUUGUAUGCUGUCUGUCUCAAUGGAUGUUUUUCAUCUUACACCAUGAAGUCUUCAGUGUUAUGCCCGUAUAAGACUCAACAAAAUAAAGUUGCACUCGCUCCAAAUGUCUGAAGGUGUUAUUUGAAGUUUGAGUUGAGUUUGGGGUCAACUGUUUUUCCAGAAAUGACUUGUCUUUGUUGGAUGAUGUAAAGUUUGAUCAUUAUUUGUUGCUAAUAUCAAAGAGAGCCCAAGAAUAUUAAACAAAAUCUUUCAACCUUGA